CUCUAUCCUUCUUUCUAGGGUUUGAUUGUGAUCAUGGCUGGUAAAAGAAAGGAUUCAUGGACAUCACAAGAAGACCAUAAACUAGCUGAGAUCAUCUCAAUACAUGGCCCAAGAAAAUGGAAAACAAUCUCAAUCAUGGCGGGUUUAAAUCGAUGCGAUAAAAAUUGUAGAUUGAGAUGGAUGAACUACUUAAGACCAAACAUUAAGAGAGGGAAUAUAUCAGAACAAGAAGAAGAUUUGAUAGUUAGACUUCAUAAACUCAUAGGAAAUAGGUGGUCUUUAAUUGCAGGUAGAUUACCAGGCCGAACAGAUAAUGAGAUAAAAAACUAUUGGAAAUCUCAUUUAUGCAAGAAGGCUGAUGAGAAAAAAAGAGUCGUGAAAACUACAAAGAAUGUUGCGAUUGGAGAAAAGCUGUUUAAUGAGGUUCACUUUGACGAGAAGGACUUUAUCGAUUUUUCUAAUGAGAACUUGAGUCUUGAAUGGGUUAGUCGGUUUCUCGAGUAA